AUGCAUCUGGUGAUGUUGUGCCAGUCUGAUGUCAUUGUGCAUCUGAUUAUUUUGUGCCCAUUAUGCCGGUAUAAUGCCAUUCAAGCAUUUUACACUAAGAUGAUUCAUUUCCUGCUUUUAUUGCAGCAGAGAAACCUGGAGGCGUUGUGUCGAAACGUGGAUCUUCACCAGGUGCCUCCAGACCUUCCCCCGUACGUGUCUAAAAUCGACCUCUCCGGAAAUAAGAUUCGAAACGUCACCGAGAGUCCCCUGACCUUCUUCGCUUCCCUGCGUCACUUGGACUUAAGUUCCAACCUGAUCGGAUUUGUCAAACCUGGGAUCUUCGCGGAGAUGAAGAACUUGGAGGACAUCAACUUGGCCAACAAUCGGCUCUAUCUCUUGGCUCAGGAAGAUCUGUGGGUUGGGUUACUACCCCACGUGAGGAGACUAGAUCUGUCUCGCAACAGUCUCUACAGCGGGAUGGCCGAACAUUUCAUCCACCAGGCGCCCUCGUUGCGAUACCUUUCCUUGGCGGAAAACAGCAUCAUACACCUCUCCCACAGCAUGUUCCUAGGGUCUCCAGAGCUGGUGGAAGUCAACCUCCACAACAACAUGAUUAUGGAGAUAGAAGAAGGCGUGUUUGAGAGCCUGACACGUCUCUCCAAGCUGGAUCUCUCCAUGAACUCCCUCACUUGCAUCGUGGAGUUCAACCUCCGGCAGUUGGAAUUUCUCGACCUCAGUCGGAACAGCCUCGAGUCCUUCCACUCCACCCAGUCGGAGGAGGACUUCAACUUGAUCUGGCUUGACCUGAGUCAGAACAAGCUCCUUCGCUUCCCUGUUCUCCCUCAAGGAAAAAAGCUGACUUACUUGAACCUAACCAACAACAUCGUGCAGUUUGUGAUGGUGGACUCCCGUAACGACGUCGACUACCAGUGGGAAGAUGGGCCUCAAUAUCCCAACAAUUCCCAUCCUCCCUACUUGCCUGCCCUGUUAUCCUUGGACCUGAGUUACAAUGAGAUCCAAUCCAUCCCCAGCCAAUUCUUUGACUCCAUGUUGUCCCUCCAAUUCCUUAAUUUGAGCAAAAACUGCCUGCAGACUUUUGGGGUAACCAACGAGCUGGCCUCAUUGUCCGUCCUUGACCUUAGCUGCAACUCUUUGAAGGACCUUCUGUUGGACACCAACGCCUUGAGCGGUUUGCAGGAGUUGCACCUCCAAGACAACCAUCUUCAGGAUCUGCGUCCAGAUAUCUUCCAAGGUCUUCCGCAUCUCCAGCGGCUUGAUCUGAGGCACAACAAGGUCCACCUCUGUCACACGCAUUCAGUAGCAGGGAGGCACCGGUUGUCCCCUAACGUCCCUCGCGGCUGUGUCUCAUUCGUGCGAGUCCCCGAACUUCAAUAUUUGUAUCUUUCGGCCAAUCGUUUGAAGGACCUACCCAUGUACAACUUCUUCGGGACGAAGCUUAGGGUACUGGAUGUCUCCAUGAACUGGGGGCUUCAGAUCGGAGCCCAAUCGCUGGUCGGGUUGGAAUUCUCGCUGGAAUAUCUGGAUUUACACGGGAACGGACUCACCACCCUGAAUGUGGAUUUCUCUCUUUUCCCUCACCUCAGAUAUCUCAAUCUGUCGGACAAUCGGCUUAGCUGGUUGCCCGCUUGGUCGGAAGGCUGUUGCGUCCUCGAAGUCUUGGAUCUUCACAACAACAGCUUCAACAGCUUGAAAAACAGCCAGAUUCCAGCUCUGGAGAAAAACCUACGGAAUCUCUACCUGGUAGGGAAUCCACUGAGUUGUUGUGGGAAUGUCUGGCUCUCUCAAAUGAUCCAUAAAGCCGUGGUGGAGAUCCCCGAUCUAGACCUGGUCAAGUGUCAGUUCGCCCGGAGUUUGGGGUUUGAGGAGGAAGAGGUCAACGUGAGCCACGUCCGGCCGGAAGACUGUGAGAGGGAGGACCUCAAGAAAACGAGCAUUUUGAUUUUGUUGGCGACUCUGCUGGUUCUCUCGCUGAUCGUCGUCGGAGUCGGCUUGCUUUGUUGUUAUCGGAGGAACUUAUUUGGCCGCCAUUACAAGGUGUAG